UCUUUUCUGAUUUACAGCCCCCUUUGGCGUUAAUUCCUACCAUUUCUGUUCUCCAAAACCUUCCGCGCGCAGGUUUUCCCAGGGACACAGAGGAAGUAGACGAUUCUCAGUCGGAAUGAGUUCUUCAACCGCUCUUCGAGAGGUACAGCGCGAGUUGGAGGCGAAAGCCAACGAUCUCAGCAAGCUACAGAAAGAUAUUGCGAAGAAUCACCAAGUGAGGAAGAAGUACACUAUUCAGCUGGGUGAGAACGAGCUCGUUCUUAAGGAAUUGGAUUUACUUCAAGACGACACAAAUGUAUAUAAACUGAUUGGUCCAGUGCUCGUGAAGCAAGAUUUGGCAGAAGCAAAUGCGAAUGUGCGCAAGAGAAUUGAAUACAUCUCCGCAGAAUUGAAACGUCUUGAUUCAAUUCUUCAAGAUUUGGAAGAGAAGCAAAAUCGCAAGAGAGAUGUGGUAUUGAAGUUACAACAGAGGAUACAGUCUCUGCAGGCUGGAAAAGCUAAAGCAUAACAUGUUUUACUGAUUUCAGCUGUACGUUCUAAACUUAAGUUUAUCUUUUUGCAAUCUCUCUUGUAUCAGUUAAAGGUAAACUCACUCAAAAGCUUGACAAUACUUAGUUUGAUUUUGAAGCUUGACAGGACUUGGUCUGAUUUUGAUUUUAGAUACGUACAUAACUUUUCUAUUUCUUGCAAAGUACUUAACAGGAACUUCAUCUCCAGAAAUAUUUUGCAUUUGUAAUUUGACAAAAACUUGGCAUCUUGAAAGGAAAAGUAUUGAUGAUAAUUUUCUUCUGAAUUUCAAGGGUA